CAGGCAAGAGCGACGCCAUUUUGAGGGGCGGGGAGGUUGCCCUUUGUCCCCUCUGACUGCCACACCCGUAACCUUUGACCUUCUCUCCUAACCUAUAACCUUCUCUCCUAACCUUUGACCUUCUCUCCUAACCUUUGACCUUCUCUCCUAACCUUUGACCUUGCCCACUCAGGGCUUUUGGCUUGCCUAACGUUCCCUCGUGCUCGAGGCCCUCAGGGAUGGUGGCCCCUCCUGCCCUCUCCUCCCCCUGUCCACUCCCAAGCCCUCAGGUUCCUCCCCCACCACCCCCGCCCUCAGCCCCCCAGGAUGCCCCUCUAAGCCCCCCAAGCCCCCCGUGCCCUCCUCCUCCUCCCCCUGGGCCACCGGUUGCCCCCCUGGUCUUCGGGGUGGCGAAGAGCCAUCUCCUGCAGGAGGCCCUGAGGAGGGCAGGCCCCACCCCGGGGGCCCACGACGACAUCAAGCGGCUCCUCACCCUCCACAAGGACCGUUUCAGGAGUGACCUGCAGUGGCUUCUCUUCUGUGCAGACUUGCCUUCCCUCAUCCAGGAAGGACCCCAGUGCGGGCUGGUGGCCCUGUGGAUGGCAGGGUCCUUGCUGGCCCCUCCCGCCAGCGUGCCCCUGGAGAGGAUCGUGGCCACGGCCAUGGAGCGGGGUUACACGGCACAGGGCGAGAUGUUCUCAGCUGCUGACAUGGCCAAGCUGGCCCAGGAAGUGUACGGCUGCCGGGCAGAGCUCCUUGUGGGCGGCUUGGGGGGGCACAACCGCCAGCGCGUCCUACGGCACAUCACUGCCGGGCACCCCCUGCUCGUCCCCUACGACGAGGACUGUAACCACGAGCCCUGCCAGCGGCAGGGACACAAGGCCCACUGGGCGGUCAGUGCAGGUGUCCUGCUGGGGGUGCGGGACCCCCCACCACCCAACGCCUUCCACGAGGACCCGGACCUCGCCGGCCUCUUCCACCCGCACCACCGGUCGGCCGCCUACCCCAAGGUGCCCGUGGCCGUCCACGUCCUGGCCAAGCAGGGCAAGAGCUGCCUCUACCAGCUGUGGGACUACGAGCAGCUGUGCCAGAGCAACCUGCAGCUCACAGACUUCUCCCCGGCCCGGGCAGCCGACGGAAAGACUUACGUGGUGCCCACGGGGGGAGUGAAGGCGGGGCUGUGUGGCCAGGCUUUGCUGCUGCACCCGGGCCCCCACUGUGACUGAGAUCCCCCCCCCCGACCCCCCGCCGCAGGAGACGUAGGGGUCGCGUGAAGUUGGGCCCAGGGGAGUGAUGGCUCCGAAAGCGGAGGAAGAAAACGUCAGCUCCGUUGCACCCGGCCUAGGAGGGAAUGGACACAGAGACGCGUAGUCCGCCUCACGGGGCUUUUAUUGGGGCGGCGGUGGGGAAGCCCAGGCGCCCCUAUCCAGUCUCUGUCCGUGUUUAUAAAUAAGUAAAAAGGUUA